UCUUCUAUAUUCAUUGAAUCUUCAUUGUUUUAAUUAAGUUGCGCUUGCUUGCGAAAUGCAGGCGGAGAUUGCGGCUGACAUUCACUUGGAGGCGAUAGAGGUGCUCCUGAAUCACAUUCUGUAUGUUCGUGGUUUAUACCCCUCACAGAUAUUUAAAAAGAGGCGAGUCUACAACACGCCGGUCUUUGUCUCCAUUUUCCCGCCGCUCAAUAAUUACCUGGCGAGCGUUUUGAGAUCCGCCCGGGAAUUGCUCAUCCGCCAGGAGCUGCAGUGCCUGGUGGUGAUAGUGUACCAAAAAGAAAAUGAACCGCUGGAGAGCUACCAACUUCACCUUAAAUCUCUGGAGGCAGGUGGCAAAUCAACGGUGGAGGAUCCUCAUUUAAUAGAAUUUGAGCAGCAACUGCGCGCUGCCAUCUACAAACUAUCCGAGCGCCUGAAACAGCUUCCCAAACUUCCUGCAGGAAGCUGCCAGUUCAAAGUCCACCUGCACACCACCCAGGAUGCAUUUGUCCGCUUUAGUCACGAGUCCCAGUACCAGGAGUUUCCCUGGCUACAGGCCCAGACUGCAGAGUCACAGCCAUCCCAAACCAUUUCCUUGCUACCCCUGGCCACUGUGGAGAAUGUCGGAUUAAAAAUGCAAGCUCAUAUCCUUGGCUGAUUUAAAGUUUGAAGUUUAUAGUUGAUUAUGUGUUAAGUCGAAUAGUUUACAAGACAUUAGCUUUUUUAAAUAAUAAAAACUUUAAAGGUCGUUAAAUAUCAA